AGCUGGAAGAUGUAAUUCGCUGUAUGAGCCGGUUGGGAUCUGCUGACUUGUUGGAAGCCGGAGUGCUUUGCAUGAGUGUGUUGAUGAGUUGAAGUUACUGCACCGGUGCUCCUUUUCAACACUACCGAGGGGAAUUCUGGAGGCGAGGAAAUCACUUAAGUCUAGCCAUUGAUUGGAUAUCGGGAGUUUUGUUUUUUUUUUCCUUACCCCCCCCCUUUUUUUUUUUCUUCUCCCUUCUUUCCUCCGUCUUGUUGCAUGCAAGAAAAUUACAGUCCUUGGCUGCCCACACCGGGUGCGAAUUAUUCGGCUACACUCUCUUCCCUCUAUUGUGCAACCCAAAGAUGAAAGACAGAAGGGGAGAAAGUUAAAGAAAUCGCCCACAUGCGCUGGAUCAGUCCACGGCUUUGGGAAAGGAAUAAAGAGAAGGUGGUAGAAGAGAGUUUGAAGUCUUUACAGGCGGGAAGAUGGCGGACUGGAGCUGAAAGUGUUGAUUGGGAAACUUGGGUGAUUCUUGUGUUUAUUUACAAUUAUCUUGACCCAGGCAGGACACAUGCAGGCCAAAAAACGCUAUUUCAUCCUGCUCUCAGCUGGUACUUGUCUCGUCCUUUUGUUUUAUUUCGGAGGCUUGCAGUUUAGGGCAUCCAGAAACCAAAGCAGGAGAGAGGAGCACAGUAGUAGGAAUGGCUUGCACCACACUAGUCCGGAUCAUUUUUGGCCCCAGUUCCCGGAUGCUUUGCGCCCUUUCAUUCCUUGGGAUCAAUUGGAAAACGAAGAUGACAAUGUGCCCAUUUCCCCUAAGCAGAAGCGAGACGGUAAUUCCAGCAUCUACAAAGGCAAGAGGUGUCGCAUGGAAUCCUGCUUCGAUUUCACCCUUUGCAAGAAAAACGGCUUCAAAGUCUACGUCUACCCGCAGCAGAAAGGGGAGAAAAUCGCAGAAAGUUACCAAAAUAUUUUAGCAGCCAUCGAGGGCUCCAGGUUUUACACUUCUGAUCCCAGCCAGGCGUGCCUCUUUGUCCUGAGCUUGGAUACUUUAGACAGAGACCAAUUGUCACCUCAGUAUGUGCACAAUUUGAAAUCAAAAGUGCAGAGUCUCCACUUGUGGAACAAUGGUAGAAAUCAUUUAAUUUUUAAUUUAUAUUCUGGCACCUGGCCUGACUACACUGAAGAUGUGGGGUUUGACAUUGGCCAGGCAAUGCUGGCCAAAGCCAGCAUCAGUACUGAAAACUUCAGACCUAAUUUUGAUGUUUCUAUUCCCCUCUUUUCUAAGGAUCAUCCCAGGACAGGAGGGGAGAAGGGAUUUUUGAGGUUUAACACUAUCCCUCCUCUCAGGAAGUACAUGUUGGUAUUCAAGGGGAAAAGGUACCUGACAGGGAUUGGGUCAGACACCAGGAAUGCCUUAUAUCACGUCCAUAACGGGGAGGAUGUGGUCCUCUUAACCACCUGCAAGCAUGGCAAAGACUGGCAAAAGCACAAGGACUCUCGUUGUGACAAAGACAACACAGAAUACGAAAAGUAUGAUUAUCGAGAAAUGCUGCACAAUGCCACUUUCUGUCUGGUUCCCCGUGGCCGCAGGCUUGGCUCCUUUAGGUUUCUAGAGGCACUGCAGGCUGCCUGCGUCCCAGUGAUGCUGAGCAAUGGGUGGGAGUUACCGUUCUCCGAAGUGAUUGAUUGGAACCAAGCUGCCAUCAUUGGGGAUGAGAGAUUGUUAUUACAGAUUCCUUCUACAAUCAGGUCUAUCCAUCAGGAUAAAAUCCUAGCACUUAGACAACAGACACAGUUCUUGUGGGAGGCUUAUUUUUCUUCAGUUGAGAAGAUUGUAUUAACUACACUAGAGAUUAUUCAGGACAGAAUAUUCAAGCACAUAUCACGUAACAGCUUAAUAUGGAACAAACAUCCUGGAGGGCUGUUCGUACUGCCACAGUAUUCAUCGUAUCUGGGAGAUUUCCCUUACUACUAUGCUAAUCUAGGUUUAAAGCCCCCUUCCAAAUUUACUGCAGUCAUCCAUGCAGUGACCCCCUUGGUCUCUCAAUCUCAGCCAGUGUUGAAACUCCUAGUUGCUGCAGCCAAGUCUCAGUACUGUGCCCAGAUUAUAGUUCUAUGGAAUUGUGACAAACCCCUUCCAGCCAAACACCGCUGGCCUGCCACUCCCGUGCCUGUCAUCGUCAUUGAAGGAGAAAGCAAGGUCAUGAGCAGUCGUUUUCUGCCCUAUGACAACAUUGUCACAGAUGCAGUCCUAAGCCUUGAUGAAGACACUGUGCUUUCAACUACUGAGGUGGAUUUUGCCUUUACAGUGUGGCAGAGUUUUCCGGAGAGGAUUGUAGGGUACCCAGCUCGCAGCCAUUUCUGGGAUAACACUAAAGAACGGUGGGGUUACACAUCUAAGUGGACUAAUGACUAUUCCAUGGUAUUGACAGGAGCUGCUAUUUACCACAAAUAUUAUCACUACCUGUACACUCAUUAUCUGCCAGCCAGCCUGAAGAAUAUGGUGGACCAGCUGGCCAACUGUGAGGACAUUCUGAUGAACUUCCUCGUGUCAGCUGUGACGAAACUGCCUCCAAUCAAAGUGACCCAGAAAAAACAGUAUAAAGAGACAAUGAUGGGGCAGACUUCUCGAGCUUCUCGUUGGGCUGACCCGGACCACUUUGCCCAGAGACAGAGCUGCAUGAAUACGUUUGCCAGCUGGUUUGGCUACAUGCCGCUGAGCCAUUCUCAGAUGAGGCUCGACCCUGUUCUCUUUAAAGACCAGGUUUCCAUCUUGAGGAAGAAAUACCGAGACAUUGAGCGACUUUGAGAAGGAAGUCCUGCCAAGUGGGGAGAAGGGAAGGGAGAAAGGACUGGGGUCAAGCUGCUCUCUCUUCCCAGUGCAGAUCCGCUGACAUGCGGAGCUAGACUGUGCCAAGUAACCGAAAACACACACACACACACACAC